CCGACUUCCGGGCGCGGCGCCGGGGGCGGCGGGGCGCGAUGCCGUACGCCAACCAGCCCACCGUGCGCAUCACGGAGCUCACCGACGAGAAUGUCAAGUUCAUCAUCGAGAACACGGACCUGGCGGUGGCCAACUCCAUUCGGAGGGUCUUCAUCGCCGAGGUGCCCAUAAUAGCCAUUGACUGGGUUCAGAUUGAUGCCAAUUCCUCAGUCCUUCACGACGAGUUCAUCGCACACAGGCUCGGAUUAAUCCCCCUCACUAGUGACGACAUCGUGGACAAGCUGCAAUACUCCCGGGACUGCACGUGUGAGGAGUUCUGCCCCGAGUGCUCGGUGGAGUUCACUCUCGACGUGCGCUGCAACGAAGACCAGACACGCCACGUCACGUCUCGGGACCUCAUCUCCAACAGCCCCCGGGUCAUUCCGGUGACAUCCCGGAACCGAGAUAAUGACCCUAACGACUAUGUGGAGCAGGACGACAUCCUCAUCGUCAAGCUGAGGAAGGGCCAGGAGCUGAGACUUCGAGCCUAUGCCAAAAAGGGCUUUGGCAAAGAGCAUGCCAAGUGGAACCCUACUGCAGGGGUGGCCUUUGAAUACGAUCCUGACAACGCCCUGAGGCACACAGUGUACCCCAAGCCAGAGGAGUGGCCAAAGAGCGAGUACUCGGAGCUGGAUGAGGAUGAGUCACAGGCUCCCUACGACCCCAACGGCAAGCCGGAGAGGUUUUACUACAACGUGGAGUCCUGUGGCUCUCUGCGCCCCGAAACCAUCGUCCUCUCCGCCCUCUCUGGAUUGAAGAAGAAGCUGAGUGACUUGCAGACCCAGUUAAGCCACGAGAUCCAGAGCGACGUCCUCACUAUCAACUAGCCGCACUUGCCUGCCUCGGCAGGAAGGGUCAGAGCAGCGGCUGGAUUUCAGGUCUCUCCUGGGACGUCAGCACUGGGGAGGGCAGCUGUGCUCGAGCUUCUUGACAAGCCACCAGCUAGGAGGGUAGCAGCGGGGAGCGAAGUCCAGCCCAGCCUUGCUCGGUCACAGGUAGACAACCAGGGGUGCCACUGAGAUUUGAGGCAGGACAGUGUUUUCUGGCCGUUGGGCUUCCCUGGCCCUGCCUGCUAACUGCCAGCAGCAGUCCCCAGAGCGUCCCUUCCCCGUCUCCUCAUGCACCUGGAGGCGGCCACACCGCUUCCCUGUUGAGAACCACUGGGCCACUGUCGUCCUUCUCUGGUCAUUUCAGCUCUUUUCUCCUAACCCUUUCUGUCCAAAGUUGGAAUUUCCACACUUGUACCUGUGGUCUCUGAUGUUAGGGUUGAGCGCCAAAGCGCUCAUCCAGGCUCCUACAGACCCUUCUAGCCCUGCCCAGGGCCAGCCCACGGCACUUCGUUCAAACUCCCAUGUCCCUAAUUAGAGAAGCCUUUGAGAAUAGCGUGAGACGACCCUGGCUGUCCGCCUCCCCCCCCCCCCCCCCCCCAAUAAACCUUGUAUUUCACUCUC